AUGGUGGUCAGUGGCGCUGGAAAAACCACUUUGAUAAAUGUUCUAGCUGGACAAAAAACUGGUGGAUACAUUGAAGGGGACACCAGAAUAUCUGGUUACCCGAAGAAUCAAGUGACAUUUGCAACCGUUAGUGGCUACUGUGAACAGAAUGACAUUCAUUCUCUACAUGUUACCGUUGAGGAGUCUCUCCUGUAUUCGGCCUGGCUCCAUCUUCCAGCAGAUCCUCUAGGAGUAGAUGGUUUCUCAACUGAGCAGAGAAAGAGGCUCAUAAUUGCAAUUGAAUUAGUUGCAAACCCUUCUAUAAUUUUCAUGGACGAACCAACAUCAGGCCUGGACGCUCGAGCUGCUGCAAUUGUGAUGCGUGCUGUAAGGAAUACAGUGGACAUUGGGAGAACAGUUGUUUGCACGAUUCACCAACCAAGCAUCGAUAUUUUUGAAUCAUUUGAUGACGUAUUUCCUGUUUUUGAGUCCGUAGUAGCAGUCGAAAGAACAGUAUUUUAUCGUGAAAGAGCAGCCGGGAUGUUUUCAGCUUUGCCUUAUGCAUUUGCUCAGGUCCGGCUCUGCAUCCAAACCUUUGUUUACAGACUUCUCCUUUACUCCAUGAUUGGAUUUGAAUGGCAAGCAGAAAAGUUCUUAUGGUUCUAUUACUAUGUUUUCAUGUACUUUGUCUACUUCACACUUUAUGGAACGAUGCAUGUAGCCCUUACCCCAAGUUACCAAAUAGCUGCAAUUCUCAUGUCAUUCUUCCUCAGCUUCUGGAACCUGUUUUCAGCAAAUUCCAGUGUGGUGGAGGUGAUACUAUUGAGGUUCUCCAGCGGCAUGGACCUUUUGUGGGCUUAUGUUGGUUGGGCACUGCUUUUCUUCUUUGUCUUUGUUUAUGGCAUCAAAGUGUUGAACUUCCAGAGGAGAUGA